CUGGGCGGAAAGUUUCUCAAGGUGGCGCGGGAGCUGAGAAGCUUCUUGGGUACGUCCCGCGAAGGCCUCAAAGGAUUCGUUCUACUGCCUUUAGGUUUCCGGGUGCUACUUGGGAGACCCCCAGCUGCUUCCCCACGAUCUUCGCAUUCCGACCUCCUGCUUCUCUGGAGUGUCUCUGCUUCCUGAGUCCCCGAGUGGAUUUCUUGUUUCAGAGAGGAUGGCAGAGGAACUGGAUCUAACAGAACAAGACUCUGAUGGGGGUAGUGAAGAGGUGGUCCUAACUCCUGCAGAGCUCAUUGAAAGGCUGGAGCAGGCUUGGAUGAAUGAAAAGUUUGCCCCUGAACUGCUAGAAAGCAAGUCUGAAAUUGUAGAAUGUGUCAUAGAACAACUAGAUCACAUGGAAGAAAAUCUCAAGAGAGCCAAAAAGGGGGAUCUGAAGGUCAGUAUCCAUCGAAUGGAGAUGGAGAGGAUCCGCUAUGUCCUCAGCAGCUACUUGCGGUGUCGACUCAUGAAGAUAGAGAAGUUUUUUCCUCACAUCCUUGAGAAGGAGAAAAUGCGACCUGAGGGAGAGUCUUCCAGCCUUUCUCCAGAGGAGUUUGCCUUUGCCAAAGAGUACAUGGCUCACACAGAGGCCUAUCUUAAAAAUGUUGCCUUAAAGCACAUGCCUCCCAACCUACAGAAGGUGGACCUCUUAAGGGCAGUUCCAAAACCAGAUCUAGAUUCAUAUGUGUUUCUGAGAGUGAAAGAACGACAAGAAAACAUACUGGUAGAACCAGAAACAGAUGAGCAGAGAGACUAUGUGAUUGACUUGGAAGAGGGCUCACAACACUUGAUCCGAUAUAAAACCAUUGCACCUCUCGUUGCUUCUGGAGCAGUACAACUCAUUUAAAAAUAAGCAUGGAAUCAUAGGAAAUAUUAGAAACCUCUCAUCACUUUGUGCCUAAGAACAAUAUCAAAAUAGUUCUCCAAAUAGACUUUUCUCAGCAAUGCUGUGAAUCACUUUGGCAUUGAAAUGAAGUCAAGGCAGGAGUCUUAAUAUUGCUGUAACGUCAUCCUCAUUUCCUGCCAUUUUAGACAGUAUCAGCAGAUGGGGCCAUUGCUCUGUUUAUUCUGCAAACUAGGCAAGUAAAUAUGCUGUCGCUUUGUGCACUUUUUUCUUUGUGGCUUUUUUGCAGUUGUUGUUCAUAGCGUAUUCAUAAAAAGGUAUCACUACCUAUGAUCAGAGGGAUGUGUUUAGCCCUAAUCUGAUGACAGUAGGAGAGUUUGUUAAACCUUUCUGGUAAGAGAACUAAAUAGAUUAAAGAAAACAGCUGUGGUCUACUAUAAUAUGUCAUUGGAUUAUGUGAACUAACCUUUGGAACCUCCAGUAUUGAACUUAAAACCAAUUUCUGUCAUGCUUAACUGAAAAUCACAACUAAACCAAUAAGCCAUUAUUACAUUUGAGGUUCAUGGCAGAAGGAACCUCGGACCAGUUCUCAGCUAGUGGUUUCAUGCAGUGUGAUCUGGCUGUUGACCUGCAGCCCUUCCUGAGCCUCAGGCAGCUCUGCCAGGCCAGCCUUCAGCCAUCUGGCCAUUCUUGGCAAAGUGUCUGAGCAGAGCAGCAUCAGCUGUCCCAUAAUGUGACUUUAGCAGUAUCUUUUUUCUCCUUUACGUUCUUCCCUUUCUCCAUGGAAAUGAAUAAAAUGGACCUAAUGUCAAUGAAGAGUCUCACAGUGAUACCUAAAGGCAGGAGAUACAGACAACAAAUGAAUUACGACCUUGAAACAUAAUAAAAAGCAAUCUGCAUUCCAGUCUUUCUUGCUUAAUGAAGUCAGCAGGUUUUCACUUACAUAAUAUAGGCUGAGGAAUAAUCAGUAGAAUAUUGCUCUUAUUUCCAAGAGAAAUCAAUAGGUAAUAGCAAGGAAGCUUUUAUGUGGAUAAAAGCAUUUGAUAUUCUUCUAGUGCUUUAUGUUUUCCAGAGUGUUUUUAUUCUCCAACUAUUCAUUAAAUACAUUGAGCAUGCAGUGUGUCAGACACAGAUCAAGGCACUAGGGUUACAAUCCUGAAUAUGUCUGACUUUGUCCCUGCUCAAAUCAUGUCAUAAAUGCCUUGCAGAAAAUUAAAAUAGAGUAACUCACCAGAAGGUGACCAGAUUGGUGAUGUAGGAGAAUCCCAAUGAAGAAACAGCAUGUAGGCUCAUACAGGCUGGACCCAGGUCAUGUAGGACUUUGUUGGAUCCCAUUUGGUCCACACAGCAGUAAGUAAGCAGGGCUGGUAUUAAGUGGUGGGAAACAAAGCAGAUAUUUAGUGUUAAGACUGAGAUCAACCCAAGUCUUUCCUCCUCCUCAAGCUCCCCAUGGUAGCAUUAAGCAGGCAGGAGAGGAACCUGGGCUAUAAUCUAGAACAGUUAUAAAGGCUUAAUGUACCCAGCUGGUGGUGAAUGUCUGUAAUCCCAGCAAAAUGGUGGCUAAGACAGGAGAAUCACAAGUUUUAGGCCAGCCUCAGCAACUUGGCAAAACACAGUCUCAAAAAUAAGUGGCACUAGGAAUCCAGCUCCGUGGUAAAAGUCCCCUUUAGUUUAAUCCCCCAGUACUCAACAAAUAAAGUCAGUCUCUUGAUCGAUAGAUAGAUAGAUACUUGUAGAUGGACACAAUACCUUUAUUUUAUUUAUUUUUUAAUGUGGUACUGAGGAUUGAAUCCAGUGCCUCACAUGUGCUAGGCAAGUGCUCUACCACCAAGCCACAACCCCAGCCCAAUAAAGUCUUAAUGUGUAUAUCAAUCACUAGGAGAUCAUGUUAAGAUGCAGAUUCAGGUGGUGGUGAGAGGGAUGUGGACCAGUGAUAGAGGCCCUAGGUUCAAUCGCUAGCAUUAAAAAAAAAAAAAAAACAUGUAUUCUGAUUUGGAAGAUCUGGAAUGGAUUCCAAGAUUCCACAUUUCUAGGGAGCUCCCAAGUUGUGUAGUUGUUUCAGGUCCAGGGACUACAUUGAGUGGCAGGACUUCGCACCUUCUUGGGCAGCUCUUGACAUGCACAUGCCAAGCUGCACAGGGGAGAUGAUGUUAUCUCCUAAAACCACAAGGUGAACUGUUCCAUUUCCUAAGUUGUUUCAUCAAAGGAAAACUCACUUGAUAUGUUUAUCUGUAAAUAAAGGGGAAGUUGAAUUUCAAAACCAAGUAGGAAGGGAAAUGAUAUGGUUUAAUUGACGUUGACUUUAACUUUAAUGGUUAUUAUUUUGUUUUAUUGUUAAAAACUCACUACUGAAAGCAUUUCAGAACAUUUUCAUCAAAUAAUUACAUCUUACUUGAUGUUAGGUUUUUAUCACUGACCGAAAUACCUGACAACAAUCUAGAGAAGGAAAGAUUUAUUUCAGUUCAUGGUUUCCAAGGUUCAGUCUAUGGUGGGCCAACACCAUUGUGGCGUGUCCACCAUGAAGCAGAACAUCAUGGCAGAAGGGCUUAGUGGAAGAGCACUACUCCACUCAUGACUGCCAGGAAGCAGAAAAGGAAGGGAGAGAGGAACUGCAGGGAAGAUGAAGUCUUCCAGGCCUCACCCACAGUGACCAACCUCCUCCAGCCACACCCCACCUGCUUACAGUUAUCACCCAGUCAGUCCAUUCAAAGUAGGUUGAACUGAUUGGGUUACAGCUCUCACAAUUCAAUCAUUUCACCGCCAAACAUUCCUGCAUUAACAGGGACACCUUGUAUCCAGACAACAAUAUCCCUUAUUAUAAGCUUGUCCCUUUGUAAGAUAGCUCUUCUUUAGAACUCUUGCAGGUCUAUACAGGUUUGUUCCAGCAGAAUAUAUCAACUGGGUUGAUGCUGCAGCCUCUGCAGUCAACCCAGCUCUAGCACCUCCCUUGAAUGCACCUUCCUUUUACAAUACUUAAAAGUUGACCAUAAAGCUUUCAGAGUAAAUUUCAAAGCAAACACAGAUAUCAACUCUAAAUAUGUUCUUCAAAUAGCUUGUCUUAGCUAUUUGAACAUUUGGAAUUAAAGAAUUGGCAUUUAAAUAUAUCUGAUCAACCAGCUGUGAAAGUACUCACAUAAUAUUUUUUUAAAAAAGCUUUAUUCUUUAAUUGGGUUUGGGUUUUUUUGGAGAUUCUGAGAAUCAAACCCAGGUCCUCCCAGACACUAAGUAAGCACUCUACCACUGUACCCCAAAUCAAAAACAUCAUUCUUAUAAAAGCAAAAUCAAUAUUCUGUACUUAUUUAAUAGAUUUGGUUUCAGAUAACUCAGCUAUUUAAAAAAAAAAUGGAUAUUCCUUACAAGGCCAAAAAAAUGCUGAGAGAAUUUAAAGGAACAUACUAUACUGAAGAUUCUGAAAGGACUAGUAAUAAUUAGUGUUGAUUAAGUGUUUGCUAUGAAUCAGACUUUAUGCAUUAAGUAGAUAAACUUGUAAAUCUCGACAACCCUCUGCAUGGGAGAAUUUGAGGUUUGGGAAUGGGCAGAAGAGAUCACCAGAUUUCCUUUUAAUAGAAUGCUUGUUCCCUGUGGAGUAUGCACACAUGUCUUCCAACAGGUCAUUUUAUAACCCUGAAAAGGUAAAAAUUGACUUAUAGGAGCUGGGUGUGGUGGUGCAUGCCAAUAAUCCCAGCUAUAUGGGAAGCUGAAGCAGAAGGAUCACAAGUUUGAGGCCAACAAACUUAAAAAUGUGUGUGUGUGUGUGUGUAUAGCCAGCUUAUCAAGAUCAUGUCUCAAAAUAAAAUUUAAAAAUUGGCAUAGCAAACUUAAAAUAAUGUGCAUAUUUCCUGGCUCACUAUGCAGUGAUUCCUAUUGAUGGCAGUACAAAUGAGUUUUGUCCUCUUUUUUUUUUUUAAUUUCUUCUUGAUUUUUUUAUAUCUUUAUUUUAUUUAUUUAUUUAUUUUAUGUGGUGCUGAGGAUUGAACCAAGGCCUCACACAUGCUCUACCACUAGGUCAUAAUCCCAGCCCCAAGUUUUGUCCUCUUGAAAAUAAGGUCAAAUCUCCAUGUGAAAAAGUUUUAACACUUUGCUGAUUCUCUCAUUAAAUAAAAUCUUUGGCAUGUGUUCA